AUGGAUUGUGUAAAACUUGUAUUGUUUAUGCUAUAUACCUUUCUCUGUCAAGUUGCUUUCUUGUCAUCUUUACCUCAUUUAUGCCCCAAAGAUCAAGCUCUUUCUCUUCUACAAUUCAAGCACAUGUUUACCAUUAAUCCUGAUGCUUCUUAUAAUUGUUACGACUAUACAGGAAUUCAGUCAUAUCCAAGAACUCUUUUAUGGAACAAGAGCACAGAUUGUUGCUCAUGGGAUGGAGUUCAUUGUGAUAAGACGACAGGAAAAGUGAUUGAGCUUGAUCUCCGUUGCAGCCAACUUCAAGGCAAGUUUCAUUCCAAUAGUAGCCUCUUUCAACUCUUCAAUCUCAAAAGACUUGAUUUGUCUUAUAAUGAUUUCACUAGAUCGCUCAUUUCACCUAAAUUUGGUGAGUUUUCAAGUUUGACGCAUCUUGUUUUGUCGAGAUCAAGUUUUGCAGGUCUAAUCCCUUCUGAAAUCUCUCACCUUUCUAAAUUACACGUUCUUCGUAUAGGUGAUCAAUAUGGGCUUAGUCUUGGGCCUCACAAUUUUGAACUGCUCCUUAAGAACUUGACCCAAUUAAGAGAGCUCAACCUUCACUCUGUGGACAUCUCUUCCACCAUUCCUCUGAAUUUCUCUUCUUAUUUAAUAAAUAUACGGCUUCCAUACACAGAGUUAUGUGGGGUAUUGCCUGAAAGAGUUUUCCACCUUUCCGAUUUAGAAUUCCUUUAUUUAUAUGAAAAUCCCCAACUCACAGUUAGGUUUCCCACAACCAAAUGGAAUAGCAGUGCAUCACUCAUGAUGUUAUAUCUCUAUAGUGUGAAUAUUACCGGUAGGAUACCUGAAUCAUUUAGCCAUCUAACUUCACUUCAUGAGUUGUACAUGAGUGAUUCUAAUCUGUCAGGGCCUAUUAAACCUCUAUGGAAUCUCACCAACAUAGAGUUUUUGGACCUUGGUAAUAACCAUCUUGAAGGACCAAUUUCCUGCCAGUUAUCGAUAUUUGAAAAGCUCAAGGAGCUAUCACUUAGAAAUAACAACUUGGAUGGCGGACUUGAGUUCUUAUCCUUUAACAAAAGCCUGACACAGCUUGAAUACUUAAAAUUUUCGUCCAAUUACCUUACUGGUCACAUUCCACCCAACGUAAGUGGACUACCAAACCUAAAACAGCUCUACUUGUCAUCAAACAACUUGAGUGGGACUAUACCUUCCUGGAUAUUCUCCCUUCCUUCACUGACAGUGUUAGACUUAGGCAAUAACACUUUCAGUGGAAAAAUUCAGGAGUUCAAGUCCAACACAUUGUCUCAAGUUUAUCUAAACCAAAAUCAGCUGGUAGGUCCAAUACCAAAUUCACUCCUAAACCAGCCAAGCCUAAGAAUUCUUCUUCUUUCGCACAAUAAUAUAAAUGGACACAUUGCUUUAGAAAUCUGCAAUCUGAAAGAACUGAUUGUGCUAAAUUUGAGAAGGAAUAAUUUGGAGGGAACAAUCCCACAAUGUUUGGGUGUGAUGAAUGAAAACCUUUGGAAUUUGGAUUUGAGCAAAAACAGUCUUAGUGGGACAAUUAAUACAACUUUUGGUAUCGGAAACUAUCUCACUGUCAUUAGCUUGUAUGGGAAUAAGCUAACGGGGAAAGUCCCACGAUCUUUGAUCAAUUGCAAGUAUUUGACACUUCUUGAUCUAGGUAACAAUCAGUUGAAUGACACAUUUCCAAACUGGUUAGGAGACCUACCAGGUUUGCAGAUUUUAAGCUUGAGAUCAAAUAAGUUGCAUGGUCCUAUUAAAUCUUCAGAGAAUACAAACUUGUUUCCGCAGCUUCAAAUUAUGGAUCUAUCAUCCAAUGGAUUUAGUGGGAAUUUACCCAACAGUCUUUUCGGAAACUUGCAAGCCAUGAAGGAAAUUGAUGAGAGUACAAGAACCCCACAGUAUGUUUCUGAUCCAUAUGCUAAUUAUUAUGAUUAUUUGACGACAAUUACAACAAAGGGACAUGAUUAUGAUUCAGCUCCAAUUCUUGCUACUAACAUGAUUAUCGAUCUCUCAAAGAACAUAUUUGAAGGUCAUAUUCCAAGCAUUAUUGGAGAUCUUGUUGGACUUCGUACCUUGAACUUAUCUCAUAAUGUCUUGGAAGGUCAUAUACCAGCAUCAUUCAAAAAUCUAUCCGUACUCGAAUCAUUGGAUCUCUCAUCUAACAACAUCAGCGGAGAAAUUCCGCAACAGCUUGCAUCUCUCACAUUUCUUGAAGUCUUAAAUCUCUCUCACAAUCAUCUUGUUGGAUGCAUCCCCAGAGGAAAACAAUUUGAUACGUUUGAGAACACUUCAUACCAAGGAAAUGAUGGAUUACGAGGAUUGCCACCCUCAAGAGAUUGUGUCCGUGAUGAUAGGGUACCACAAGCGACAACUCCAGCUGAGCAAGAUCAAGAAGAAGAAGAAGAAGAUUCACCAAUGAUCAGUUGGCAGGCAGUUCUCAUGGGUUACGGUUGUGGACUUGUUAUUGGACUGUCCAUAAUAUACAUAAUGUAUUCAACUCAAUAUCCAGCAUGGUUUUCGAGGAUGGUUGUAAAAUUGGAACACCAAAUUACUACGAGAAUGAAAAAACACAAGAAAAGAUAUUAG